CACUCUCCCUAUUUUACUUUCAGUUUUUUUAUAUAAAAUAUUCUUUUGAACUUUUUGAUUAUUUGCCCCCUUUUUUAGCCUGCUUAUGCAUUUGAGUUGGUUUAUAUAUUAAGCCUCUCAUUAAGUAAUACUCCAUUUGAGUAGUAUCACAUCAUCAGUACUGUAUAAUGUUGUAAAUUUGGGAUUUUUGCUUGAUAAUAUUCUACAUUGCUUGAGUUCAGCACAUAGUAGAAUGCAAUUACAAUUACGAUUACAAUUCAUUGAAUUUCUCUUGUUAUGUAUAUGAAUUGAAGAUUGAGCUGAAUUAUGUGGUUGAUUGAGAUUAGGUUUUCAAUUUCACAAUUAGGGUUUGUGCUGCUCAACAAGUUGAGAUCUUUGAAUUGUGAAUUGUUGUUCGAAAAAUCAUCAAAUUAUGAAAUGUAGAUUGUUAUGGGUAUUUAGGUUUUUACAAAAAUAAAAAUAGUAUAUUACAUCUUGCUGAGUGUAUUGGUUGUUGAUUCAAUUUGGGAUUUUUAUUGGGUUACUCUCUGACAAUCAUGUUAUACAAUCUCUGAAUGACAUCAAAGAAGAGUUUAUAAGUUAGGUUUUUUAAUUGUGGCAUCAGCUUAUUUGCACGGCGUAAAUUCCUGUCGUCCUAUAUUGCAACUCAAUCUUUGGUCAAGAUUACCUCAAGCUGCCUAUGUAUCUAUCCAGGUUUACAUCAGCAAAUUUUGUAAACGCAUCAAGUUGAUUACGUCGUAUUUUGUUCGAGCAUUUUAAAAAAAACUAAUGUACUUGAAAUCCAAUUCACCUGAUUUCUUCGAAUUGUAUAAUCUCCUACAAGGGCAUAAUAUCUCUCGAUGUCACCUCCUCCAAAUCCAUGCCCGAAUCAUCUGUUUAGGUGCUCAUCAACACAGUCAUAUAGCAACUCGUCUAAUUGGGCGUUACUCUCUUCCGAUUGCUUUGCGUGUGUUCAAACAAUUGCGAGCCCCAAGGAUAUUUCCUUUCAAUGCCAUUAUCAGAAUCUUGUCUGAAGAAAAGAGUCAAUCCUCCCUUACUGUUUCUUUCUUUAAACGUUUAAAACAGCAGCCACUUUUUCCUAAUGAUUUUACCUUUUCUUUCCUCCUAAAAGCUUGCAUCCACUCUGGCAAUGCUGACUAUGUAAGUCAAUUCCAUACCCAGAUCAUGAAAGCUGGUUUUCUGGGUAAUUCGGCGGUUUGCAAUGGCCUUGUUGCUGCAUACGCAAAGGGUCUAAAAGACUUUAUAUCAGCUCACAAGGUGUUUGAUGAAAUGCCUGAGAAAAAUAUGGUGUUUUCCUGGACCUGUUUGAUUGAUGUUUAUGCUAAGUCUGGUCUAUCUGAGAAAGCUUUGCAGCUGUUUUUUCUGAUGGUUAAAGGAAACAUGACACCAGAGAAUGAAACCAUGGUCAGUGUUCUAUCUGCUUGUUCAAAGCUGGAUAUUGGUGAGUUGGAGAACUGGAUAGAGAAACUUACAGACACUGUAAAGGACUACGGCCCUGUUAGCUCCACUGGUGACUCGAUCAACAUGGUGCUUACUUAUUUGUAUGGAAAAUGGGGUAAUGUGGACAAAAGCAAGGAAGCUUUUGAUAGAAUUGGUGAUAAUGGUAAAACAAGUGUGGUAGCGUGGAAUGCUAUUAUUGGUGCCUAUGUUCAAAAUGGUUGUGCACUGGAGGCAUUGAGUCUUUUUAAGGUGAUGAUAGAUAAUCCUUAUGCAAGUCCAAACCAUGUUACGAUGGUAAGUAUCCUCUCUGCUUGUUCUCAAGUAGGGGAUAUUGAUCUUGGUAUUUGGGUUCAUGAGUACAUGAAAUCUCGAGGACGAGAAAACGUGCUGUGCACAAACUCAUUCUUAGCGACUGCUAUGGUUGACAUGUAUUGUAAAUGUGGUGAUCUGAGCAGAGCUAAAAAGGUUUUUCAGUCUUUGCUUUCAAAGGAUGUUAUAUCGUAUAGUGUCAUGAUUAUGGGUCUGGCUGUGAAUGGUGAAGGACAAGAAGCAUUAACCCUUUUCAAUGAAAUGCUGGACUGUGGGCUCUGUCCCAAUAGUGGAACAUUUCUUAGUAUCUUAUGUGCAUGUUGUCACUCAGGGUUGUUAGAGGUAGGGCGCCAAAUUUUUCAAGAUAUGAAAAUAAGAUUUUCUAUCUCACCUCAAUUGGAACACUAUGCUUGUUAUAUUGACCUCCUGGCUCGAGUUGGUCAUAUUGAAGAAGCCCUUGAUGUUGCCAAAUCCAUGCCCUUUAAACCUAAUAAUUUUGUUUGGGGUGCCUUGCUUGGAGGUUGCCUGCUUCAUUUUAAGGGAAAACUUACUCAAGACAUGUCCAGAAAACUAAUCGAAGUUGAUCCACAAAAUUCUGCUGGCUAUGUCAUGCUAUCUAAUUCUUUGGCUCGUGAUCAUGAAUGGAGUGAAGUUUCAGGCCUAAGGCAGUUGAUGAAGGAGCAGAGGGUGAAAAAGCACCGUGGCUGUAGCUGGAUUUGCAUUGAUGGGCUUGUCCAUGAAUUUCUGGCUGGACCCUGUUCACAUCCUUAUGUUGCAAGCAUCAAUGGCAUGUUGGGUUUUUUGUUGAAGGAAAUGAAGUUGCCGAGUUAGCAGAUAAUAAAUGAGCUCUGCCGUAUUGAGAUGCUUGACAUAUGCCGUAAAAUUUGCGCAAUAUAUCCAACUAAUGUGGAGAUGCAGAGAAAUGUGAGCUUCUCGAUUUUCUUUCAGCAAUACCCUGAAACUGCAACCAUGAUAGUACUAUCGAUGAACUUGGAGAGAUGUAAACAAAAUUUGUAAGGGAGACUCUUUCAUUAAAUAAUCUAGCAUCUAAUUCUUAUGCUUACAACACUUUGCUCAUUUUUUAUGACAUAGUUAAUCAUUGAAGCAUUUUUUUUUCCCUAUUGCCAUUGUCUUGUUAUUCUGUAGGACCUGGGGGCAGAAAUUUUCUAUACAUAUUAUUAUGGCAUUGACUUUAGUCUAGUCCUAGUGUUGUUGCACAUUAACAUCCAUACCUAUUGGGGAUGUAUCUGUAUAAUUGCUUGUAUUUGAGCUGCAUGAAUUGUCAUGCUGUUGUAUUGUUUAAAUUAUGCAAUUUUAUAAAAUAGAGAAAAUAGAAAGACCCAUUCAGAUAAGGGAAGGGUGAGGAAUUGCUGGCUCCUUUCUUAACCAUACUUCUUGAAUCAACCAAGUAAAUCAGCAACAGCACUAUAUGGUUGUAUCACAUUUAUGCUUCUGACAUGAUUAUCAGCAUGUAUUGCAGAGCUUUGUGCUAUAAAUCUAUAAUGUAUCACAUAUGUUAUGCGACCUUCCAUGAGGUCCAUGAGGUGUUAUUUGGGCCAUAUUGUCAAUUGUAUAUAUGGACUUGAAUGCUUGGAACAUAUAUUUAUAUUGUCCAUGCAAAUCAAGGUUGGGGUUUGUGUGCAUAUCCCAGAGUGUUCCACUGUAGUUACUAGUUAGUUAAUGAUGCAGCUAUUCUUCUAGAGAUUGUCAAUGAGCUAUCUUCUAACCUUCAGAGUGUUCCACUGUAGUUGGUUGUUGCAGCUAUUGCAUUUUCUAGGGAUAAUCAAUAAGCUAUCUUUGAACCUAUAAAGAACUUGAACCAAACCUUUAUAAUAUCUUUAUUUUAGAGCCUGAAGUAUUAAUGAAUAAGAGUGUGGUUGGAUUACUAUAUAUUGUCCGUAGCAGUAAGACAUGCUAGGACAGCCAAAUAGCCAAUUGUGGCUAACACUGGUGCUUAUAUUGCACCUGUAAAGUGUAAAUGGGUAAAUUAGAGGUGUGGCUUGAAAUUCUUAUUUAAUCAUGGAGGGUGUAGAGAAGGCUUCAGUGGUCAAUACCUGUUAUUGUGUAAUUGUGUUAACAUGGGUCAAGUAUUCUUAUAUACUCCUAUUUUUAGUUGUGGUACAGUAUCUGAUUCUGACGUGUGUUAGUAAUUCGCACACUAUAGCUAUGGAUGUUCCUUACAUUUCGAAGCUUUUAAGAGAUUCGCUCUGGCAUUUUUCUUUCUGGUUUUCAUGUGUUUAACUAUGAUAGUUUUUUUUAAUUGUGACAGACUUUGCAACGUAAGUUUCAUGUGCCUGACGAUCUGACAUAUACUAAUGUUUAGCAGCUUGACCGCUGUUAGCUAUUCUAAUAGUGCUCUGUUUUUUUGUGCAUGUUUUUUCCCCUCUCUCUUUUAAAUUUUCUUCCCUGGAUUAUCUUAAUCCUUAAUGCAGGUGACAGAACUAUUAACUUAAUUUUAAACGUAAGAGGCUUUCGAUCUUAUCGAUUUUUGGUACCCUUGCAAGUUACAACAAUCCUAGAAGAAGUAUUAUAGUUUGCAUGCCCUAGGUCUUUUAAGAGAAAUGCCACUGGAUCGGAGCUUUGGCUGUAGCAAAAAUGAAGACUGCUGCAUUUAUUUCAGUCACUUGUAGUGAGUUAGAGACUCAGUUGGUGCCUUUAGCCUGGAAUUGCUGCAUUCAAACUAGCUUUCUUUCAUUUGUAUUUUGGUUCUAAUCAUUCUAUAUCUUACCAAGGUCAGAAUUUCUGUUUCAUCCUAUGCUUUCAUUUUCUUGUGUUGUACUCGCUCUUCACAAAUUGGAUCUUCAAUUUUAGUAAGUGUAAGGAAACUCUAUCUCCACCCUAUGAACAUCUAUAUGCAAUUAUUCAAGCGCUUUGUUGUUUUUGCAGAUUGAACUGAUUAUUCUGUCAGUCUUAUCAGCUGUUCUCAAAAUUUUAUCCGAGGAACAAUGAGGAAUGGCAAGGACCAAUUUACUGAUCAAUCCCCCAUAUUAAAUGUAUUCUAUUCAGGUGUGUAUCACAGCGCAAGGGAGUUGAUUGACUGCCCUGAAGGUCUUUGCCUCUUUGGUGUAGUCAAUAAGGGCCAGAGUCCAGAGACCCCUCGAUUCCCCCCUUAAUGAGAAGAUUAUUGAAAGAUAAGCAUAUAUUCUUGAAUCAUAUUAAUGUGGCCCAAACCUGUAUAAUUGUGUUCAAAUUUGUAUCAUGAAUUAGAUAUAUAGUUGAAAUCUCUAUUUUAAUCUUGAUAUUUGGAAAUCUUGUGGUCUCUUUUCUUGCUCUUCUCAGAAAUUUGGUGCAAAAUAACCCAGAAU